AUAAAAUGGAACGUCCUGGGGCCAAUGUGAAAAGAACAAUAGACAGGAUACUCGAAGUAGGAAGUAGGGUCGAAAAUGGGUUAAGAUACUUGAAAGGCUGCGCUUGCCUGUGCCUUUCUUUCUUACCGCCACCAUGGCUACCACCUGUCCACACCAAUUCGCCACUGGCCAUUGCGACGACGCAGAUUGUCCAUUUCGAUACGAGUCCGAUACCAUUUCAUGUGAUGCGUGCCGCAACAUCUAUCCUGACCGAGCUUCCUACGAUGCGCACCUCAGCACAAAAAUCCACCAGAAUGCCGUGGCAGGCUCAGCACUGUACGCCUGCCAUAUCUGCAAUGUGAACGUCCCAGGCAUGAAAUGCUGGGUACAACAUGUUGAAGGGGGACGUCACUGUCGUGCAGCUCAGGAGCAAGGCGUAUCCCCCCAUGUGCAGCCAGAGGAGGCCGACGUUGUUCCGGGCCACACUCUCUGCGUUAUCUGUAACCGCCAGAUACUCAAUUCUCAUUGGAAGGGCCACCUCUCGAAUCAAAAACACAAGGACAAAGAGCAGUUUACCAAGUAUUCUUCCGCUCUCGAGGAAGCCACGCAGGAUAAACACGAUGUUACCGUUGUUAGUGAUCUUGACUUCAAAGUCGUCGAACUCAGUGCUGCUCGGGAAGGAGUAUCUGCACAAGUGGCUAUCAGCACGACCGUUCCCCAUGCGCGUUUGUCUGUGUCGGUGAAUUUGGCAUCAUCGAAACGCCGAUCAAUCUUCUCUCCAUUUACCGCCGAGCCGUCGGGCUUACAUCAACUCAGGUAUCGACAACCUGUCAAUUUGACUGUCACUGCACUGCAGACCUUCCCUGGACGUGGCGACGACCGGCUAGAGUUGGUGUUCGAAGAUUUACACCUCCAUACGCAGUUUAUCAUAUGCCGACCGCUUCACAUCAUUGUCGGAAACGUAGCUGCACACAAGGCAUUGCAACCGACGACACCUUAUGUCCCUCGUAAGCGGUCAACGCGACACCCAGAGACAGAUGUGGUGAAAGGCGUGAAGCCGCCGGCUCUCGGCGUCAUCCCGUAUAUCGUCGAGCUUCACAAAGCAGAUAUUCCCAAAAGUCUGCUGGCGACGCUGUCUGUAGGUUCCGUAGCUGAAAUUACGCAACGCCUCCGUGAGGUUUUCCUUCCCCCCACGAUCGAAGGUGCCUCGUACGGAAAGUAUUACAAGUACUUGAUUUGGACUGAAGAAUUCAAAAUGAGCCAAGACCUAGAAUAUUAUGACAUCCCUAACGCCCAGCUCGCUCAGCACAACCAAUACUACUAUCUCAACGUUCCUGGUUUAGCUGAGAAAAGACCGAGUGUACUUGUCGGCGACGUUAUCCUUGUCCGAAGGAGCGAUGCCCCCGAAGGUCAUUGGUACUCUGGCGGCGUCCACGUCGUCAGGAAAGAAGAAGUCGGAUUGUGUUUUAAUCGAACUUUCAGAGCUGCGCCGACAGACCGGUUCCUUGUUCGGUUCAAAUUGAAUCGCUAUCCGCUUCGCCGUCAGCACCAAGCAUUAGGCACCGCAUUCGCACCGGCACGGUUACUCCUGCCCGCAGAGCAGCAUAUUCUCGCCUUCUCAGAGACGACACCGUGGAAAUCUUUCAACAAGCUAAUCGACACAAACGCCCGCCAGAGACAGGCAGUCGAUUGCAUACUCCGCCAACGUCCUGGGACAGUACCUUUCGUUAUAUUUGGCCCACCUGGAACAGGAAAAACCGUGACCAUGAUCGAAGCGAUCCGCCAAGUCAUUGUGGCCAAUCCAAAAGCAAGAAUACUGGCUUGUGCUCCAAGUAAUUCAGCUGCAGACCUGAUCACUUCCCGUCUAACAAUGUUGGGUACGGAUGUCCUAUUCCGCUUCUACGCUCCAUCGAGACCAAAGGCCGCCGUUUCUCACGAACUCGAACCCUUCACGUUCGUUAAGAAUGGACACUUCUCCGUCCCUAUUCUUGCUCGCGUUCGACAAUUCAAGGUGGUCGUCACAACCUGUGUUUCAGCUUCGGUAUUUUUCGGAAUCGGUAUCCCGCGAGGACAUUUCACACAUGUCUUCAUCGACGAGGCGGGUCAGGCAACCGAGCCAGAAGCGAUGAUUGCGGUGAAAACUAUGGCUGAUAAUAUGACGAAUGUCAUUCUGUCCGGCGAUCCUAAACAGCUUGGACCUAUCAUUAGGUCGCCGGUGGCGAAGGAUUUAGGACUAGAGACCAGCUAUAUUGAGCGACUGAUGCAGCGCGAUAUAUAUGAUGAGGAUGGUCAUGGGCAUUCGGUGGUCAAGUUGACCCAAAACUUCCGUUCCCAUCCGGCGAUUCUCGAGUUCCCGAACGAGAGGUUCUAUAAGGGAGAGCUCCAACCCUGUGCUGAUCCCAGGAGUAUCACUGCUUUUAUUGGAUCAAAGCAUCUCGAGGAGAAGAAAUUCCCCAUUAUCUUUCAUUCGAUGGCGGGAAAAGAUGAUCGUGAGGCUUCGUCUCCGUCCUUCUUUAACAUCGACGAGGUUCUCGAUGUCAUGAGAACGAUCGAAGAGCUACGAUCGGAUAAGAAACUGCGCAUCACUGACAAUGAUAUCGGCGUGAUCGCGCCAUAUCAUGCCCAGGUUCUCAAAAUUAGGAAUAUAUUGAGGAGAGGGUAUGAGGGUAUCAAAGUCGGCAGUGUGGAGGAGUUUCAAGGUCAGGAACGCAAGGUCAUCAUCAUAUCGACCGUUAGGAGUAGUAAAGAGUUCAUUGAGUAUGAUCUACGACACACCCUUGGGUUCGUUGCGAGCCCUCGUCGUUUCAAUGUGGCUGUGACUCGAGCACAAGCACUACUUGUUAUCGUCGGGGACCCAAAGGUUCUCUCUCUUGACCCCCUAUGGAGGUCAUUCCUCAACUACGUCUACAAACACGGCGGAUGGAGAGGAUUGCCUAUUUCUUGGGAUCCCGAUGAUGAUGUGGACGAAGGAGGGGGAUAUGACUGUGCUAUCCGAGAGGCUGCGCAAGAGGACAUGAAUGACUUUACCAGAAAGUUGGAGGCGAUGACAUUAGCUGGUGUUGGGGAGGAAGAGGAUGUCGUGGAUCGCCCUUGGAUGCGACAUGAUGGAUAGACUCCGGUCUAUGUGAUGUGUAUUCUUGGCCCCUUUUGUUAUUUUUAUUUUACGCGAUGCUGAUACUUUGCUUCCUGCUACAGUUUUAAGGAUAAACAUAUGUUGGCAAUUUACAUUUUGCAGAGAGUACAUUUAGAUGUUUCGUAAGCCAAUAGAAUUGUUCCAUUGCGAUCUUCUUCUCUAGAUGCCGAUGUUUCUUCCAAUAAAAUGUAUUCCACCCC